AUUGUUAACAGACGCUAUGCUUUAGCCAAUCGAUACACCAAAUGGCUAUCGAAAUGUUAAAUAACAGCACACUGUUAAUAAAUUUACCAGUUCUAGUUGAUCGCGCGGUGGCAACGCUAAUCACAUUGUUUUUGCGCCAAAAGUAAGCAAAAACACUUGUUUUUAGUUGUUUAAAUUGUUAACACACAAGAUAAAUUGUUUAUUCCGAAUUGGCUGUGGUGCAUGAAGUGUGUGUGUGAAAUUGCCAUGAGCGAUAAAGUGAAAAAUGGGAACGAGCCCGAUGAGUCGGAUGAAUCGUGCGGCGACGAAUCGGCGAGCUUUACAACAAAUAGCACAACAUCAAGAAGCAAAUCGCCGGCGUCGAGCACGCGCAGCAAGCGUCGCGGUCGGCGCAGCACCAAAUCGAAGACCAAAAACGGCGCUGCCUACAAAUACGACUCACAUGUCAAGGAGAAUCAUGGAGCAAACAUAUUUGGUGUGACGUUCAACACGCUGCUCGGCAAGGAUGAGCCACAAGUGUUUGCCACAGCGGGCAGCAAUCGUUGCACCAUCUACGAGUGUCCACGCAAGGGAGGCUUGACGUUGCUUCACUGCUAUGCAGAUCCGGAUCCCGAUGAGGUGUUCUACACCUGUGCCUGGUCAUAUGACCUGAAGACGUCGGCGCCGCUGCUUGCGGCAGCUGGUUACCGCGGUGUCAUCCGCGUCAUUGACGUAGAACAGAACGAAGCGGUUGGCAACUAUAUUGGACAUGGACAGGCCAUCAAUGAGCUCAAGUUCCAUCCGCACAAGCUGCAGCUGCUGCUCUCGGGCAGCAAGGAUCAUGCCAUACGCCUGUGGAACAUCCAAAGCCACGUCUGCAUUGCGAUCUUUGGCGGUGUCGAGGGACAUCGAGAUGAGGUGCUGUCCAUUGAUUUCAAUAUGCGUGGCGAUCGCAUUGUGAGCAGCGGCAUGGAUCAUUCCCUAAAAUUGUGGUGCCUAAAUACGCCGGAGUUUCAGCACAAGAUUGAACUGUCGCACACGUUUAGCCAGGAGAAAUCAACGCUACCAUUUCCCACAAUCACCAAGCAUUUCCCCGACUUUUCCACACGUGACAUCCAUCGCAACUAUGUGGACUGUGUCCAAUGGUUUGGCAACUUUGUGCUGUCCAAGUCCUGUGAGAAUGCCAUCGUCUGCUGGAAGCCUGGCCAGCUGCAUCAGAGCUUCGAGCAACUGAAGCCAAGUGAUUCCUCCUGCACAAUUAUUGCCGAAUUCGAGUAUGAUGAGUGUGAGAUUUGGUUCGUGCGCUUCGGGUUCAAUCCCUGGCAGAAGGUCAUCGCCCUGGGCAAUCAACAGGGCAAGGUUUAUGUCUGGGAAAUGGAUCCGAGUGAUCCAGAAGGCGCUCACAUGACUACUCUUCACAAUCCCCGCAGUGUGGCCACCGUCCGUCAGAUCGCCUUCUCACGGGAUGCCAGUGUCCUCAUCUACGUGUGCGACGAUGCGACUGUCUGGCGCUGGAAUCGGAGAAACGCAGCCGCUCUUUAAACGACAACUGCCUUCUUCCUUCCUCAUAGAAACCACACAACCAAAUCUCACGUGGCCAAAAUCGCAGCUUAACAUAGUGCAUUAGGGUGCAUCGUUGUAUGGGCCCAAAAACAUUGUAAAAUUGUAUCCCAAAUUCUUAAUCUGUAGUCAAUUCUAAGAUAAAAUAAUAGUUCUAAAAUGAAUUCCUGGUCCCCGCUUUUGACAUGUUAUUAUUAGCAUAUCUGGUAUCAAAACUUUUGUUAAGACCAGGACUUUCCAAAUUUCAUAGAAUUAAAAGACCAAUUGUCCUUAAACAUAACAACACAUUAAAAAAAACCCAAUUUUUCAAUUAGGAGUUGAUUUUAGAACUAUGGUUUCUUGUUGAAAACAUCUUAGAAAUUACCGUAAAUUACGAAUUUGGGUUACCAUUUUUUUGUGAAAAAAAUCUUUGCAUCCUAUUAUGUAUGUAAAUCUCUGCGCCUAGUUCCUAGUUGUUUAUUAUUAAAAACUACAAACAUUUGUGUAUACAUUUAAAUUGCUUAAUCCAGUUUAAAUAUUGUUGAAAUGAAUUCAAAUCAAGAUUUUAUAAUUGCUGCCAGUUAAUUAAAUUGAUUGAAUAUUUUCUUACUUAUUACACAAUAUAAAAGCGUAUUCAAUAAAUACGCAGAAACUUAACUCGGUUUUCUAUAAGCAGACUAGGUGUCGUAUAAACUUGGUCUAUCAUUCGUUGAUUGUCAUUUUUUGUAAUCGAUAGUUGCGAUAAUAAGCACCUGCCGCAAAUCUAACAUCGAUUAAAUUAUCGAUCAAUUGCAGAGGACAUGCACAAAUCGUUAAUCUGCAGCAUGGAUGACCUUCAUUUUGCAGUUUGUCUACAUGUCUACUCCCCAGCCAAGCAAUCAGGCAGGUAAUUGAAAACGCAACCAACUGCAUGCAACGAUAACCGUAGACAUAACGGAUGCUGCCAACGCCAUUUCUCCACCCAUUGCCAAAUCGCAAUUAGUGUGCAGUUGCACUUGCAACUAGAGGUGUGUCCGUGAGCGAUACAAUUUUCCACAUGCUAUUACAGAAAAAUACUGCACCUGCAGUACGAUUUAUAACCAAAGUCUUUAACUAACUAACUAUCUCAUAAGAUAGCACGACACGCACUCAACUCUAGUUUGGCAACCAAUUAAAACCGAGCUUUAAAGAGAGAACGAAAUGAAGCUGCUGUCCCUAGUCGACCAUUUUCUAAUCGCGAGGCAAAUCACAAUCGCCGCAUAACAAACGACUUGCCAUUGACCGCCAUUUAUAUGCAUUGCUGCACUUGAAGCAGCAUAAUAGGAGGAGCAGCCAGAAGCUGAGAUAUAAGCUGGGCGAGUGAAACAAAUGCGACGAAAUUGAAACUGCCAACAAA